UCGCUUCUCUCUACGCGCAGAUCCCGGUCCUUUCCAGAUGGCUCCUGGGACAGGGGGUGAGCACAGUCCUUCCCUUUCCUACUGGCUCUUCAUCUGCACCCAGGCUGACCAGCCUCCCCUGAGCCCCAGCUCCCCUCCUGACCAGCCUUCUCCCCCACCCCCAACCCAGGGCUCUAUGGGCGGGAGGGGAUCCUGCCUGCCCGGAAGAUGCUCCGGCCUCUGGGGAAGGGUCUCUGGCAGCAGCUGUGGGAGGUCCCCACGCUGCUCUGGCUGUCCCCAAGCCUGGGACUGGACACAGAGCAAGGCAUGGAGCUGCUGAGCCUUCUGGGGACACUGUGCAGCCUGGGGGCCCUACUGGUGCCUGCCUUGCGCCACAGCCUUCUCUACUUGCUGCUCUGGACUCUCUACCUCUCCCUUUACCAGGUGGGACAGGUGUUCCUGUACUUCCAGUGGGACUCCCUGCUGCUGGAGACAGGGUUCCUGGCUGUGCUGGUAGCCCCUCUGCAGCCCUCCCGGGGCAGGGAGACGAGUGGCCCGCCCCAUGCAGAUGUCCCCUUCUGGCUGGUUCGAUGGCUUCUUUUCCGACUCAUGUUCGCCUCUGGAGUGGUCAAACUCACCAGCCGCUGCCCCACUUGGUGGGGGCUUACAGCCCUGACCUACCACUAUGAGACCCAGUGUCUGCCCACACCUGCCGCCUGGUUUGCCCAUCAUCUGCCCGUCUGGCUGCACAAGCUCAGUGUGGUUGCCACCUUCCUCAUCGAGAUCGCUGUGCCCAUCCUGUUCUUUGCCCCCAUCCGCCGGCUCCGCCUCGCUGCCUUCUAUUCCCAGGCCUUACUCCAGAUCCUGAUCAUCAUCACGGGGAACUAUAACUUCUUCAACCUGCUCACCCUGGUGCUCACCACAUCACUGCUAGACGACAAGCACGUGUCCUGGUGGCUGGGCCCAGGCCGAGCAAAGCAGCCACCUGCUGCAUGGACUGGGCGGCUGCUGACCGCCUCGACCCUGCUGUUGGAGGCGGCCGUCUAUGGGCUCCUGGCCUACGGUACGGUUCACUACUUUGACCUGGAACUGGACAAAGAAUGGGGCAGCAUCCAGGCCAAAACAGCCUUUACUUUUCACGAAUUUUCCCAGUGGCUGAAGGUGGUCACGAUGCCCUCCGUGUGGCUGGGCAUUGCCUCGCUGCUCUGGGUGCUACUCGGCGCCCUGUACAGGUGUGCCCGGAUCCGCAGGUGGCCGGGGAAGCUCAAGGCUGCUGUCCAAUUGUCCAUCGUCGGUGCGGCCACCGCGGCCAUGUUUACGAUCAGCCUGGUGCCCUACACCUACCUGGAGCCGGGCACCAACAGGCAGCUCUGGGCCGGGGCCCACCGGCUCUUCAGCACCGUGGAACACCUGCAGCUGGCUAACUCCUACGGCCUCUUCCGACGCAUGACGGGCCUGGCUGGGCGGCCUGAGGUGGUCUUAGAGGGCAGCUACGACGGCCAGAGCUGGACGGAGAUCGAGUUCAUGUACAAACCAGGGAAUGUCAGCGUGGCUCCCCCCCUCGUGGUGCCCCAUCAGCCCCGCUUGGAUUGGCAGAUGUGGUUUGCCGCCCUGGGCCAUCACACCCACAGCCCCUGGUUCUCCAGUCUCGUCUACCGCCUCCUUCAGGGGAAGGCACAGGUGAUCCGCCUGCUACAAGUGGACACCUCCAGGUACCCAUUCUGGGAGCAGCCACCCACGUAUAUCCGGGCCCAGCUCUACAAGUACUGGUUCUCACGGCCUGGCGAGCAAAGCCAGUGGUGGCGGCGAAAGUGGUCUGAGGAGUUCUUUCCCCAGGUGACUCUGGGGGACCCUAAGCUGGAGUCGUUGCUGGCACAGUUUGGCCUUCAGGACAAGAGCCCAGGCCGACCCCCACCCAGCUCAGCUAGCCCGCUACCUCAAGCCCUGCGCUGGCUGCGGAACCAGCUGACUCCCCUGGCUGCCCCAGUGCUGCUCUGGGGCCUCAUCUGCUCGGUAGUGGCCAUUCACAUCUUCCAGGCACUGCUGUUUCCCGGGCCCCGGAGGCCUGAAACAGUGGGUGGUGAGAAGAACAAGCCACCCUCUCAGAAGGAGAAGGUGGGUAAGGAGCGGUCCCAGCCCCAGGGCCCAGAGGGGGCUGGAAACAGCUCCAAGGGAACCCGGAGAAAGAAGUAACACUGUUGAGCCUGGAUCUUAGGCUGCUUCUCAGGCAUGGCUCCCCUGCUCUGGGGAAGCAGGGGCCUGUGGGGCUGGAAAGGUGGAGACAGGAUGUUUUUGGGACACCACCGCCACCAGCCCCCACCAAGCUCAGGACCUUCUUGGCCUCCCCCAUCUGCUGCAUUCUGGGCCCAUUCUCAGGGCCAGCUUCAAAUGCCUUAGUGAGACUGUCUGACUCUCCUGGGCUGGGCUGCGCUGCCCAGGCCAGACGCACCCGGACUUCCUUCUGGUGUGUAAGAUGGAUGGACAGAAGUCUUCCUCUCGUUUUCUAAAUAAAGAAAAGAAUGUC